AUGACCCAAAGUUCUGAACUUAACCUUUCCGGUAACGCAAGCAUUAACGUUCACGACUUUAGAAGCCCCCCGAUUCCAAAUAGUGACGGCCUUGAACAAGCAGCUUCGACUGCUUUGAUCCAUUUGGAACAAUGUACAAGCAAUAAUAUUAAAGAUACGAUUAUCCCUAAGCAUAUGAAAAGUAUCAUAGAACUUGCACGUCUCUUCAGAUCGUUAACGCAAGAUAGCAUAAAUCAUUGUGGGAAAAUGGCGGCAUACGCGUCAGAUUUUAUGGAGUAUGUGCAGGUAUUGUUUGAUGAAGAUGUCUCUGGAAACGAUUUUGUUGAGGCGAUGAAAUCACAAAUUCAAGCAGCUACUUCCAACAGAAGUAACGCUGCAAAGUUAACAAAGGGUUUCUGCGAUAUAAUGGCUUCAUUAAAAAAUGUCUUAAAUGAGAUUGAAGAAUUGACUGGUGCAUCUUUGGCUGUUGUUGGUGCUCUUGGAGUGGCUUCGGCGGGUUCUAUGAUUGGUACUUCAAUUACUAGUGUUCAAUAUGGCGAUAAGGUGAAAAUUACAGAAUCCCAACUGAUGCAAAUAGAAGAUGUUAAAAUGCAUCUAGAUGCUGUAAUGGCUGCACUUAUUGUAAUGAUUGAUAAAUUCAGUUGCUUUGAGGAAUUUUUCAAACAAGAAGUCGAAGAUAUUUCUAAAGUUGUAGAAAAAUAUAAUGACAAUGUAAAUGAAAACUACUUUCGAAUGUCUCGUAUUAUAAGUACUUCAAUGAAACAGCAAUGGACUAAAGUACAAGAUGUUUUUGAUUCUUAUGUGAAUCAUUUAAGACCAUUAUUGAACAAAUGU